AGAAUGUAGAAUUUAGCCUUGGCGGCUUUAGCUUUCACUACGUAUUAUUGGUUGAUCCUGGGUGAUCCUUGGAAAGCAUGUGCGCACAUGUGCGGCAAGUGUUUUCACAUUGUGUUUAUAUAAAUUAUUUUACCUAAAUAUAAAUUACGACAUAUUGCGUAAAAUUAUUAAUCUUCAUUUAUUGGCAUUACGAGAAAAAUAUAUUUCAGAAAUAAGAAAAUCCAUUAAGAGAAUAACAAUAUGAAUGAUUCAGACGAUGAUAGUUCCGACAGCAGCAAUGAUUUCACUGGUAUUACACCAAAGGAUGAGCUAACAGCGAGUUUCUUUUCAAUAAAGCCGGCGAUAAAGUCUAACUUAGUGAACUCGAAAAGCAACAGCGAAAAUGACAGUAGCGAUGAUGACAAUUUCACAAUUGUUGAAAAUGGUAUCGACUUGUUCUCAGAAGUGGUCAAAAAUCUGGAAGCCUCGCAAAGAACUCUUGUGAAUGAUGAGAAGACGCAACAACACUGUUCCAAAGACAAGUCACAAGAUAUUAAAAAAAUUAAACUUGAAAAAAGGAAUAAUAAUAUAGCGGAUGAAAUAAAUGCAGUUUUACUUCAAGGAGAAAAUAAAACAUGUAUGUUUCAUGAUGAUGAAAGCACAAAUGAAGAGGAGAAAAACGAGGAAGAGGAUGUUAAACGUCCUGACGAUUAUACUAUACCUAAGGAAGGUGUUAAAAUAACUUUGCCAGGUACAAGUAUGCUUUUCAAGAGGAAAACAGGCAGUAAGAAGGAGACAAAUUUAACUGCUCUUUUACGAAGGAAGAUAAAGGCCAAUCAAAUAAUAAUAGAGAAAGCAGCUCGACUUUGUUGGUUGGCAUAUGGAUUCUAUCUAAAUCAUCAAGCAAAUGAUCCUGAAAUAAUGGCAGUAACAAUAUCUCUUAUAUCAACAGAUAAUUAUCCAAAGGAUAGUUUUAAUUUAACAUAUCUAUCAAAGUUAACAAAAUGGUUUAGGAAUAUGUUUACGAUAGAAUCUAGUGACAAUGAAGUCACUAUAAAUAAGGAAACAUUAUUAAAAAGAAUAGCAGACAAGAAGAUUUUCAAUUAUAGAGAAUUGGUAAUACUAUAUGUAGCAAUACUGAGAGGAAUUGGAUUACAUUGUCGUCUAAUAGUAUCUCUCAAUCCACCUCUUGUAACAGUUCAUAAUGAUUUAUUACCUAAAACAAAUGCAGUACAAAAAAUUAAUAAAAUUAAAGAAGAACCAAAAGGAAUGAAAAAGAAGACAGAAUUCUCUGAAAAAAAUAAAAAUUCAAAAGGAAAAGAUAUCAAAAAUAAUAAUAUAGUUCAAAAUAGUGAAAGUGCACGAAAAGAUGCUAAUGUAGAAGCAAAGAAAAGAGCAGCAGAGAUUCUUCGCUCAAAGUAUUCAUAUACUAAAAAAAACAAAAAUACUUUAAAUAACAAUAUAACCCCUCAAGAUAAUGCUUCUACAUCAAAGGAUGUUAAAGCAGAUUCUUUAAAUUCAGAAAAGAUAAAUACUGAUCCAUCUCCAAGACGUUUAAGAUCUAGUAAAGCAUGUAAUAAUAAUGCUGCAUCUACAAUAACUAAACAGCAAAGCAAUACACAGACUUCAGAAAAUAAUCAAUCUAAAACAAAAGGUUCUAAAAGACUAUCAUUCAGUCCUGACUUGAGUUCAGAAGAAGAUGAAAAACCACCCAGUAAGUUGAAGAAAAAAUGCAAUAAAACAGUUAUUAAAUCUAAACAUAAGGAUGAAAAGGAUGAUUCAAUGUCAGAUAAUGAGGAAAUUGAUAAUGAUAAUAAAUUAAAAAAGAGAGAAAAUGUAUGGGUUGAAGUAUAUGUGGAAUCCAAAAAAAGCUGGAUAAGUAUAAAUGUAAUGGAUGGAAAUGUGGAUUGUGUGGCUGACAUAUAUAAAAAAGCGAGCAAACCAGUACUAUAUGUGAUAGCUUAUAAUUCAGAAGGAUUAAUAAAAGAUGUCACAAGACGCUAUUGUCCACAAUGGCUUUCUGUUACUCGUAAACAACGUAUUGAUGAAAAAUGGUGGACUGAGACUUUAAGUAAUUGGCUAGAAAGAAAGACAGACAUGUCUAAAGAGGAAGAUGAAUUACUUUUGCAAAAAGAGUUAGAACAACCAUUGCCUAAAACAGUUGGCGAAUGCAAAGGACACCCUUUAUAUGUGCUCAUCAGACAUUUACUCAAAUAUGAAGCCUUAUAUCCGCCAGAUUGUGUUCCACUUGGACAUUUGAAAACAGGCGAAGCUAUUUAUUCAAGAUAUUGUGUGCACACGUUAUGUUCGCGAGAAACAUGGUUAAAGAAAGCUCGAGUAGUUAAACCGAAGCAAGAACCUUACAAGAUAGUUAAGGCACUUCCAAAAUAUGAUAAGCUUUCAGGCAUGAGGCUUAAAGAUUCAGCAUUAGAAUUAUUUGGAGAAUGGCAAACUACAGAAUAUGAACCACCAGAAGCUAAAAAUGGUAUUGUUCCUCGUAAUGAGUUUGGAAAUGUAGAUUUGUUUAAAAAAUGUAUGCUUCCAAAAGGCACAGUGCACAUAAACCUUCCAGGAUUAAAUCGCAUUGCCCGUAAGCUGAACAUAGAUUGUGCAGCCGCAGUAGUCGGUUUUAAUUUCGGCUGCAGAGGUGCCGUGCCAGCCACUGAAGGCUUUGUUGUAUGUGCCGAAUACGAAGAUACAUUACGAGAAGCUUGGGAAGCAGAACAGGUUGAGGCGACUAAACGCGCUUUCGAGAAAAGGGAAAAGAGGAUUUACGGCAAUUGGAAGAAACUCAUUAAAGGUUUACUUAUCAAGGAGAAACUAUCGCAAAAAUACGAGUUCCAAGAAGAAUCGAAAACCGAUCAGUCGAAUAAACGUCUGAAGCAACGAAAAAGCGCCGUAAAAAAAUUUAAAGCAUAAUAGAAUGUGUAUAUAUUAUUUUUUAUAUGUUAAUUGAAACAUUCUUGUCUUGGAUGGUAUCAUUAUAUUAAAUAUUAAUA